AUGUUUGAUGGGAAGAUCGCGUACAGGGUGAAACUCAAGCACACCAAUCAGCGUACUCGCCCGGGCGGGCCACUGCAGGGCUUUGUUGACGUCAAGUGGGGAACCCUGUUACACAGCAAAGCGAGUGGCUCUCCUCUUCCUCCUUACUCGCACUCUCCUACUGCCCUGCCAAGCUACUUGACUCUGGCUAAUAUAGUAACGAGACGCGUCAGUUGGGUGGACCGCCAAGCCUUUCAAAGUCGCGCUUCGUUCCGGCGUCCAAGCGCGACAGCCGGCGAUUCCCGCUUCACGGCAAUCAAACACGUGGCGAAAGCGGUGUUUCGUGGUGUUUCAGGUUGUUUCGGAUGCAAAGUGGCAGCGAGAGAGCCAGCUGGAUGUGGCCGUGACUCUACCCUAACACCGCGGACCAGACUUACUGGAUAUCGCUCUUCUCCAGCGUGCGCGACCUCACGUCGAACAGAGAAGGGGAGGGCCGUCCAGAACUGUGGCGCCACUCGUCUGCGACCGAGUGAACAGUAUAAGCGGAUACCCAAGACGGAUAGGACGACAGUAACAAGCGCACGAGUCAACACUCGUGUACAGAGCCCGGCCUCUCCGCUCCGGCUCGGGCACUAUGCUCUGGAGUGUAGCACCGGCCAUUGGACAGUCAAAUCCGCUGUACAGGCCAAAGUCCAUGUCAUGAGAUGCUGUGUUGAGCCAUACCGAGCACCUCUCGCACAUACCACACAGGGGGAGGGCGAAUUAUCGUGA